UUUUAGAGGGUUUUAGGGGGUUUAGAGCGGGAUUUAGGGUAGACUUGUUUUUUGGAUCAUGAAAGUUGAGGAGGAGGGUUUUUAGGGGGAAAGUAUUGUUAUGGUAUUUAGGAAUAUAAAUAAGGGUGGAUAGUUUAUUUAAGGGGGUAAUGAGCAAAGAAAAUAGCUUUAAUUAAAUCAGAAAAGUUAUGGUAUUGAUAAAUAUUAAAGGCUUACAAAAUUAAAGUUUCUCUACAUUCUUAACUCUCUUCCAUAUUCCUCAUUUUCUCUAACCUAUCCUUCAGACACUCAGACCGCUUCCACAAAGACACUGCAAAAGAACGACUCGAUGUCUCUCCACAGCUUGCUUAGUGAAAUGACGAAUCCUCCUGCUGCAAUCACACAUUCAUUACCAAAUACGAUAAAGAAAUUAAUGAAGAAGUCAAAGACAAAAUAAGGAUAUUGAUUACUUGGUGACAUACUUCUUGGGGAAUCUUGACGGUACCCCGAGACACCCUGACGCCCCUCAGCCAUGCAAAUUCUUCACAGAUCUAUACUCAGUCAAUGGCAUUGAACUCAUCAUGGAUGUCUGCAAAGAGCUUAAAUACAUGAAAUCCCAGAAAGGAGACUUUAUUAUUAAGCAAGAUGAAGAUGGAUAUACUUACUAUAUCGUCCUUGACGGAGCAGUCGAGGUCCUUAUCAAUGUAGAGAAACCUCUCAAAAUGAAUUUAUCAGAAUUGUUCAAAUUUACAGUUGAGCAAUAUGACCUUAUCAUUAAUGAUGAAAAAUAAGCAAUCAAUUCUCAAAGAACUCAAAAGAUAUUUUCCAAAAUAUAUCUCUGAAGCCUUGACUCCUGAGGGAGAGAAAUACGAAAUCAGGGAUCUAGAGCAAUGUAAGAAAUAUAUCGAGGCCACAAAGUCCUUUCCAGAGUACACUAUUAAUCUCAAAAAUGGUGGAAGAGAGGUCAUUAGUAAAGAGUUCCCGAUCAAAUUUAUGAACAAGGUUGCAAAUUUACCCUCAGGAGUUGGUUUUGGUGAACUUGCUCUUCUGACAAACAGACCUAGAAGAAAUGCAUCUAUUAGAGCCACUUCUGAAUGCCAUUUUGCUAUCUUGCAUAAGAAAGAAUUUGAUAAUACAUUGGGGAAAAUGAAAAAGAAGGAAAUUCAGAAGAAAAUAGAGUUCAUGAAUCAGUUCAGCUUCAUAAGCUCUCUUUCGUAUGACAGGAAGACAAAAUUAGCUUCAUUCAUGAAGAAAUAAAACCUAUACUUUUGGUAAAAGCGUCUAUCUUGAAGGAGACAAGGAUGAUAAUAUUUACUUUAUCGAGGAAGGAGAUUUCGAGAUGACCAAGGAUAUUUACAUCCUCCAAGAUUCUAACAAACUUGGCUUCAGAAGGAUGGUAAUUGAUAUGCAAAGACCAUACCUUGAUAAACUUAUUAACUUUAAAAACCAAAUAUUUGUCACAACAGAUGAGAAUGAGCUUUCUACUCUAAAAAGCCAAUACAAAGGGUCAGUCAAAAACACCACAAGGAUGUGCUUAAUGAGCUCAUGCGAGACUUUUGGACUGAUAGAACUAAUACUCAAUGCUCCUUUUAGAAUAUUCAAUAUCAAAUGUGUGUCAAACACAUCAACAGUAUAUUCAAUGUCGAAAGAGGAAUUCUUCCGAAGAAUCCCUCGAAACACUGACACACUCAUUGAAAAUUUCACUCAGAAAACAGAAUUCUCUGAAUAUAGGAUCAAGAACCAGGCCCAAGUACUUGACUUAGAGAUAGAUCAAGGCUAUUAUAACUCUUUUGAUGUUAUUGUCAACAAAAGUGAUUGCCAGAGUGAAAGCUCAAUAAACACUGACUUAUCUAUGAAAUCUUUCCUGACCAACAAAUCCUCUAAAUCCUUACUUCCAGUUAACAUUGAUGAAGAUAAAAGCGCUCAGGAUAAGAGAAAGUCUAGCGCCCGUUCACUUAAAAAGGGAGUAUCAUAUGCUGAUAUCCGCAAAGCCCAAAUGAAAGAUAGCUUUGUUGAAAGCCAAAGAUCCUCUUCAGACGGCCCUGAACUCCAGAAGAGGAAAAGUGUUCAAUUCACCAUCGAUGAUAUUAAGAAUAAGCGAACAUCACUUGAAAGAGGGAAGUCUAUUAAAUAUGUAGAAUUCGAGCUUAGCUCAAAUGAUCUGCAAUUUUUGAUCCAAAAUUAUUCCAGCAGCAAGAAUAGAACUCAAGGAAUCAACAGAAAAGUGAGGUCUGUGCUUAAAAAGAGGGAUUCUGAUUCUACAAGUUCUAAGGAGGUGCAACUCAACAGCAAGUUUUCACAAAAUAACUCACCUAAAAAGAGUAAAUUUAAGACCAGGGAGACUAUCAAGCGAGAAAGACAGGAAGGACUAAAGUCAGAAGUCUCUUCGUUCUCCAGCAUAGCAGCUGAGUCUAACAUCGAGUCCAAAAAUAGUCAAGGAGAGGUCUUAUUGAAGACAGAAAAUUCUCAGGAAGAGUCAAAGGGCAUAACUCUCAGACAAGAUUCUAUUCAAGGCUCAGCUAACAUGAUUGACCCUGAAAACUUUGUGAUAAAUGUCUUAUCAAGUGACCAUGCUAGUCCGGCUACAGCAAAACAAACAGAAGUUGAGAAAAGAGUUCUUGAUGAUUUGUCUGAUUCUUCUGAGAGUAGCAAGAGUUCGAAAGAUAUGAUCCUGAGACCAAAGACUAGCCUCGACUUAGCAAAGCCGUAUAGGUUUCCAAGAAAAUAACUGGGACUCUGAGAAAAAUGAACAUAAAAGGCACAGUGAUAAAAUUCCCAACCUUGAUAUCCCUUUAAAUUUUCUCAAAGAAGACUAUUUUGAAGAAAUCGAAAGAAUCCCAGAGUUAACAAAUGAAGUUGCUGAAACAAGAAUAUCUGAUGUUGAUGAGUACGGGGAUAUCUUCAGCCCUAUCCGUAAAACUUUAAUUGAGCUUCCUGAAACUGAACAAGAUAUUUUGAAGAAGAAUAAAGCAUUUAUUUCGAGAAUCAAGGCUGAUGAUCCCUUGAGAUAUCAAAAUAUCUUGAAGUAUUACUCCAGACCAAAAAUGAACAACUGCCCAAUUACUAAUAAGAUAGCUGGGAGAUGAAUUCGUACACAAUCAAUGCCUUAUCGAAAGAAUUGUAUUCUCAGCAUACCCAAUAAAUUUAAACCUAAGGAAAUUAAGAAGCCUCAGAAGUUAGGGAAAUAUUUUUCCGUAAACAAACUUGCUAAUACAUGAAAAUCACCAAUAAAAUCAAGGAAUAUACCAGGGUUUGUGAAGAACUCAAAUUUCACACAUACUUUGACCAUGAAAAAAUCAAGCCCUGAUGCUAACAAGCCCUUUAGUAUACCAAAUUUCUCAAAGAUUGAUACUUUAAAUACCAAUAGAGAAUCAGUAUUUAGCCCGCUAAUGCUAAAUGAGUAUCUUCAACAUGAUGCAAAGUUCUCAAAUUCACCAAGAGUAAUGCUCAAAGGAACAAAGAGUCAGGAUAUGAAAAAGAAAAAUUUGACAAACUUUCAGAUGAUUAAGGAAGAGCAAAAGAAUAAUUUCUUAGCUAAGCUGCAAGCUAAUCUUGAAACAUCACCUCUUAACAAAUUUCCUAAUCCAAAGCCUCUCAAAUAACCCUGUGUUCACCAGACUAAAAAAGCACAUCUCCAAAAAAACUAAAACCACACCUAGCAAACAAAAUCCAAUUCUAACUCUUCAAAAAUUCUCUAAAUCCCCUAAAACCCACUCCAAAAUCAAAAAUAGCCCAAAAACGAAUUCUAAUCCCCUCUUGUCUCCUCAUCGCCAUAUCCAAAUCCAGACUCAAAGAUCAAUUCUCAACGAACACUUUGAAAAACGUGCUAAAAUGAUUAAAAAGGUCAAUCUUACCAAUUACACCCGGGAAUGAAUGAUAAUAAAGAAGCCAAAACGCCGGAACGGAAGGAACCAGCAAAAUGAAGAGAAAGUUCUAUCAGUCCAAGAAAUUCUACGAACGAAUAUUUGUAAACGAUAAUUGGUUAAGG